UGGAAGCGGCAUUCAAGAGUUUUGACACAGAAUGUGAAGUUUUACGCAGCCUUCGCCAUAGGAAUCUCGUAAAAGUCAUCACUAGUUGUUCCAACCUUGAUUUUAAGGCUUUAGUGCUCGAGUAUAUGCCUAAUGGGAGUCUUGAGAAGUAUUUGUAUUCGCACAACUACUUCUUAGACAUCAUGCAGAGACUAAGCAUAAUGACCGAUGUUGCAUGUGCAUUGGAAUAUCUCCACCAUGGGUGCUCGAUGCCUGUGAUUCACUGUGAUCUGAAGCCUAGUAAUGUAUUGCUGGAUGAGAAUAUGGUUGCCCACCUAAGCGACUUUGGUAUUUCAAAACUGCUUGGUGAAGAUGAAAGUGAUUUGUACACUAAAACUUUAGCAACAUUGGGUUAUGUUGCACCAGAGUAUGGAUUGGACGGAUUGGUUUCAAUAAAAUGUGAUGUAUAUAGUUAUGGAAUCAUGUUGAUGGAAAUAUUUACAAUGAGAGAGCCUAAUGGUGAAAUGUUUGAGGGAGAUUUUAGUUUGAAGCAAUGGGUGAGUAAUUCACUCCCAGAGGCAGUAAUGGAUGUUGUAGAUGCCAACUUGUUAACAUCAAUGGAUAAUCGCUUAGAGAAGGAGCUAGAUGUUAUGGCAUCAAUCAUGAGAGUGGCACUAGAUUGUUGUGUUGAAUCUCCUGCAAGAAGGACAAAUGUGAAAGAAGUUGUUGGGAUGCUACAUAAGAUCAAGAUUCAACUUCUUUCAUGUUGAGCAUGCUCCUCGAAACUUUUGUUCCAAAUCCCUUGUUUGUCGCAAAUAUUUACUAAAUUUUUGGAUUUAUGUAAAGAUUGCCUUUUUUGUUUUUGCAUUUGGUUGUACAACAUUUUGUUUUCACUUUAGAAAUCCUAAUUGUAAUGAAUCAUAAUAUUUCCUCUUUAAAUCAAUGUCACAAAUUGGUGGAUAUCACAAUUAA